AUGGCAGCCAAUGAAUAUCUUGUUUGGUCUCGAAUUGAAGUAAACAAUAAUCCACCACAAGCCCGAAGCGGACAUAGUGCUGUGAUUUAUAAUGGUUCUAUGUAUAUAUUUGGAGGUCUAGGUGAAUAUCGUUGUAAUGAUUUAUUUAAAUUUGAUUUUGAAUCUCACACUUGGACUGAAAUAAAACCGAUGGAUGAAUCGAAAGUUCCAUCGAAACGAUGUAAACAUAGUGCUUGUGUACAUCAAAAUAUGAUGUAUAUUUUUGGUGGCUGGGAUUCAUCAGGUAAAUUAAAUGAUAUGUAUCGAUAUAUAUUUGAUCGAAAUGAAUGGGAAGUUAUUCCCUGUGAAAAUCCACCGCGUGCACGUAGCGCACAUUCAGUUGCUAUCUAUCAGAAUUCUAUGUACUUAUUUGGCGGUAUUGGUGAUAAUAAAUUUAACGAUAUGUAUCGUUUUUCAUUUAAAACCAACCAAUGGUCAGUUGUCAAUCAACGAAAUCCACCACCACGUCGUAGUUCAUAUGGUGGUGCACACAUAUAUAACGAUCGUUUAUAUCUUGUGUGUGGUUUAGGUUGUGGAAAAUUCAAUGAUUGUCAUUCAUUUGAUUUUCGUACAUCGGAAUGGACAGAAUUAAAAUAUAGCGAUGAUUCACGUGUUAUUCCAGCAAAACGUGGCCGUCAUACAUGUAUCUUAGCGGGUGCAAAUCUCUAUAUGUUCGGUGGUUAUGUUGGUAUUCAACGAAGCAAUGAAUUAUUUGUUCUUAAUCUUCAAACAAAUCAAUGGAAACAAAUCAAAUUAGAUUCAAAUACUCCAGCAGCACGUGAAGGGCACAGUGCAGUUUUGUAUAAUGGUCGUAUGUGGCUCUUUGGUGGUUGGCAUGAUAAUGGAUGGUACAAUGAUACUUAUACGCUCGGACCUCUUUAA